UCGUCUCUGUUUUUGAUUUUAAACAAACAUCACUGAUAUGUUUGAACAGUAAGACUGAAAAUGUUUAUCUUCAUAUAGUUAAAAUAAAUAUUUAGUUGUUUGUUAAAUCGACAAGAGAUGACAUUUAUUUUAGACGAACUUUCUCUUGAACAUUUAGAGAAAAAAAGAACUUUGCUUUAUCUUCUAUUUAUACUCAUUUUCGUUAUAGACAAGUAGGAUGAAUAUUAAAAAAAUAAAAAAGGACCAAAUACAAAACAUAUGAAUAAUAAAUGAGAAGAAAUAAAGAUUAUUAAAUAUUGAAAAACUUGAUCGAGGGUAAAUUUAAUUUGGUGUCAACUGAUGAACUGUUCGAUGAAGAUUUUAAUGAUUUAUCUGAUGUAAAUGAAUAAUUUCGUGAGAAUUGUUUUUUGUUAUUUUAAUCAAUAAUAAUAAUAUAUUGUUUUAUAUAUUCUAGAAUAUAUUGAACAAUUAAAUUUACAUCUUUCUAUUGAAAAUCAAACAAGAUUUAUUGAUGGUAAACAUAUUUAUAAUGAAUUAUUGUUCAUAUGUUGUGACUUCAUACAUUUAACUUUUGUUAUUGUACAUUUAUUCAAUUGAAUCAAUUAAUUCAUCAUUGAUCUAAAGAUGAUAUUCGAAAAACUUUUUCUAAUAAUAUAUAUUAACAAGUGGACUGUAUGAUCAAUUAUUGAUAUACUGAUAUAAAAUAUAAUGUAUUUUCAUUAUCAUUCAUGUUUGAUUAUCUUUCUUUGUUUGAUAUUACAUUUUCAAAUAUUAUUUUCAAUUAUAUCAUAAGAUUGCAUAGUCGAUGAUGUAAUUCCAUUCGAAGAUGAAUUUUUCAUACAAAUUUCUUUGUCUUUAAAUAUUAACUGUUUAUAAUCUUAAGAGACAAUCAUCAAUAUCAAAUAAUGUAAGUUCAAAUGAUUAUGAUUAUCUCGAGCAAUUUCUUAAUGAUAAAAGAAAAACAUGUCUACUUUAUUUUACUAAAUUAGCAGUUAGUUACGAUAAAUUAAUAAUUGUCACAAAAAUAUUUACAAAUGAUAAAACACGAUUGCAUUAAGAUAAUGUUCACUUACUCGAUUUACCUGAUGAGUUAAUUUUAAUUAUUAUGAAUAAAAUCAAACCUCGCUUGAUAUUACUUAGUUCUAUUAUAACUGUUGGUAAUAAUCUUUUGGAACAACUUGUACUUGAUAAAUGUAAUUCAGUUGAUUUAACUUUUGAUUAUGUAAAAUCGCCAUAUAAAACACAUAUUGAACAAUUUUUAUUCAGAUGUCAUGUCUCAUAUCAUCAUAAUAUUCAGUCAUUGGCACUUAACACUCGACAUAUUCAUGAAAUAAUCAAUUUUGCUAAAAAGAAUUAUAAUGGAACUGUUCCACAUUUGACACAUUUGAAAAUAAUGAUUGAUAGACAACAUGAUGAAACAGGCACUCCUUAUACGUUAGAUACAUCAGAAUGUAUAGUUCCACUUCUACAACGUGUGGCAAAUGUUGAAUAUUUAACAUUAUUAUUAGCUAUUAAUGGAACAACAAGUGGACUCAAUGAUUUUGUUAAUGGAUUUGAUUUGAAGAAACAUAUUGUUUCAUACAUGCCUCCUUUACAUCAAUUUAUUUUUCACAUUCGUUCAAUAUUAGAAAACCCUAUUCAUAUAGAAAUUGAUACAAUUCGUCAUAGCUGUUUGAAAUAUCAGCAAGAAUCUGUUGAUUGUACUGUUAACUAUUUCAAUAAUAAUCAUAGUCAAUGUCAAAUCUAUUCGCUUCCAUGUAUUGGUAAUCGUCUUGAUUUCAUUUCAAAUCAAUUUUCACUUUUCGAUGAUGUCAAACCAUUUGAAAGUCUUUUCUUUGCACGUCUCACUCGAGCUCUACCUCAUCUUAAAACACUCGAAUUAUUCAAUGAACUUGAACAACAAGAUAAAACAACAAAUAAUAUUGAAUUUACUCAUUUAUCUACAUUGAUUCCAUUCGACAUUCAUAUGGACUAUGCUGAACAAUUUCUUCAUCGCAGUCAUCUUCCUUGUCUAAUUGAACUAGCUAUUAAUAAGUAUAUAUUGUUGACAAUAAUCGCUCAAGAUCAACAACAAGCAAGAGACAAUUGUUCGAAUACUCUGAUGCAGUAG